GCCAAACAAACAAUUUUAUUUUUAACUUCAAUCAAAUCGAUAAAUUGUACAACAAAAAGGGUAGACAGUGCAUUCUCUUUGAUUGUGAGGCGUCCGAGAGGCGUUUUGUACUUUUGUCUGAUCAAGUAAUCACUAAUAAAUGUAGUGAUUGUGUUCUCUUUGAUCACUACGUUUUAGUACAUCUUUUGUUCGGGACAAUGAAACUAUGAGAACCAUGAAGAAGACGGGGACAGUGUAUGUGUAUGCUGAGGAGCCUGGGGACAACACGGUCUCGCUGUCGUCGCCGAAAUCUGUGGAAAUCCAGCCACCACCGCCCGACGUAAUAGAACAGACUACAGGUGUGGCAGAGUUUGAUCGUGUAUGCCGCAUCUGUGCAUCCGCCACGGACUACCUCGUGCCCAUCUUCUGUGGUGAGGGCAAGCAGAACAACCUGGCUGAAAAGAUCUCAACACAUUUGCCUAUUACGGUGUCGCCACAGGAGCAGUUGCCGCAGAAUGUAUGUGUGUCGUGUGCGCACACGCUGCUGGCGUGGCACGAGCUGGUGGCGUGCUGCCGCCAGGCCGACGCCGCGCUGCGGACGCGCCUCGACCAGAUACUGCAGCCACAGGAACCCGAACCGUCGACCUCCCGGCAGACAAGAAGCCAAACAAAUAAAGAACAGACACAGUCGGGGCGUGGGGCGCCGCCCUUGUACGGGCCCGCCUGCCCCUACUGCCGCCCGCCGUCCGCGGCCGCGCCCGCCGGGGUCCUCGCCGACCUCUGCCCGGCGCACUCCCAGGAGUACUUCGAGUGCGGCGAGUGCCAGAGCUUCAUACACAGGAAGCAACUACGUCUCCAUAUGACGCUGCACGCGUCGCACUUCGAUUCCAUAAUCGACGAAGCCAGGAAGACCCUGGUCGCGAUGCAAGAUGUCAACGGAAACAAGACGAAGAAGACGCCCGCUAUCCUCAUAAAGAUCGGCCCGAAUCGGGCAAUCAUGGUGCGCGAGCGGCGCGAUCCUCCGGAGGAGGGGGAGUUCGCCGACCCCUGCGACGCGGAGGGCUUCGAGCCUCUUCCGGACGACGGGUUGCAGGCGAUAGAGGAUUCCCUCGACGACCGGGGGGACGCCGGGUCCGUCUCUUCGAAGGACCCCGGACGAGACUCCGGGGGUGAGCCUCGCGGACAAAAAAUCGAAGGAGAGGGCUACAUCGGCCCCGGGGAGGCCCCCGGCGGCCGCGAGAGAGACAAGGCUAACGACGACGACGGCACGAAGAGCCGGAAAGCUCGGGCGGUGAAGUCGAAACGGCGCCCGCGCAAGUGCCCGACCUGCGACAAGGAGUACACGGCGGCGUCGAGCUACUUCUACCACCUCAAGUACGCGCACAAGGCGGUCAAGGACAAGCCGUGCGACGUCUGCGGGCGGAAGUUCGCCACCGACGCGUGCCUGAAGCAGCACAAGGCGUCCGUGCACGCCUCGGAGCGGGCGCACAAGUGCCAGUUCUGCGAGAAGACGUUCCGCUCCAAGGCGAGCGCGUACAUCCACUCGCAGACGCACUCGGGCGUGAAGGCGCACGCGUGCGGCCAGUGCCCGGCCGCCUUCCGCUGGCGCGCGCAGCUGGCGCGCCACGCGGCGCGCCACGCGGCGGCCGCGCACGCGUGCGCCCGCUGCGCGCGCCGCUUCCACGUGCGCGCCGACCUGCUGCGCCACGCGCGCACGCACGCCGCGCCCGCGCGCCUGCCCUGCCCCGCGCCCGCCUGCGCCGCGCGCUUCGCGCAGCCGCGCUACCUGCAGGUGCACCUGCGCCGCCGCCACCGCGCCGCCUGCGCCAGCGAGCUGCCCGAUAAAUGUACUGAUUAA